AUGGAUCCUUCACUUGACAACAAAGUGUCGAAUGUCAGUCUUACGGCAAAACAUCAUUCGGAAUCCCUCACUCAAUGUUCCGCUAUCUGUGGUGGACUUUGUGCAUGUUUUGGCUUUCAUUCCCACCUAAAGAAUUGCCGUGUCCAUCAGUCUUGUGACCCAUCAGACAUGACCAUCGAUGAAACAGGAUGGAGGAAUUUUUUUCCUGAAGGUAGGAGUUGUGAAUACGACUGGUUGGAAUACAACAGUCAUUGCUACUUCUAUGGUACACCACGUGUCUCAUGGACAGAAGCCCGGAUGGAUUGUGAGGUCAGAUCGUCCCAAUUAGUAGAGAUUGAGGAUAAAGAAGAAUCAGCCUGGCUGGCUGCCACAUUUCUUCUCAAAGACUCAUGCGCUUCUAAUAUUUACGAAGACUGCACAGCUUGGACGGGUGGAAAUGAUAUUUUUGUGGAGGGCGAUUAUCGGUGGCACCACUCAAAUUCAACCAUGAAUUUCACGAAUUGGUAUGCAUAUCAACCAAGCGUGAACUUUGCUGGUCGCAAUGAGGACUGUGUCGAUAUUCUCAGAGAUGCUCGAUGGAAUGAUGGAGAAUGCCAUAUUCAAAAAUCGUACAUAUGUGAAAAAAACCUCUAAGAUACAAUUACGAAUUUAUGUAUGUUUCGCUAUAUUUCAGGCAGGUUAAUAUUAAGGAUGAGGAGUACAUCAGCGACAGCUGAUAUUGAUGAAAAGUUGAGGAUAAAUGAAAACUUUCAAUUUUAUUUUAUCGAAUCAGAAAUGCAGUUUUAGUACAAAAGAAUAAAAACCCCUCCUAGGCUCGAACGCAAAAAGUACAGAUCAGUAAUAUACACGACAGUCUACUAAAAUAACCAGCUAGGGAAUUAAAUUUAAAAGGAAUGUACAUACACUGUUGUUCUUUUUUCAUUAAAGUUUCAAAAGGAAGUCUGCCAUUAUGACAGUGUAUUAUUAUACCCCCCGCAACAAGUUGGGGGGGGGGGGGGGUAUACUGGAAUCGGGUUGUCCGUCUGUCUGUCCGUCUGUAGACGCAAUGGUUUCCGGGCUCUAAAGCAUUAUCCUUUCCACCUACCGUCACCAUAUCAUAUAUAUGGACUACCCAUGGGAUGGAGAUGUUCCCUAUCGAUUUUGGGGUCAAAAGGUCAAAGGUCAAGCACACUGGACAUCGAAGUAGCAAUAUGGUUUCCGGGCUCUAA